AUGUACGACUCGUUCAACUCGCCCCGGAACAACGCAGGCGGUCUCAUGGACCAAGGCCAGUACGAGACGCUACUGAGCGAAGUGUCCAAGGCGGUCGGGCAGUUCAAUGGCAUCAUCCGCUCGAUCGACCAAAAGGUCUCGCUCUAUGGCACGUCGCUGGACUCGCGCGCCAACCACGAGAAGCUCACGGAGCUCGUCGACAAGGGCAACAAGCUCGUGGGCAAGAUCCAGAAGCGGCUCAAGCUGCUCACGGACGACGUCAAGAACAAGAGCGGCCCGAAAGCCAAGGCCCGUGCGACGGCCGUGAAGAAGCUCUCGUCCGACUUCAAGUCGCAGCUCGAGCUCUUCCAGAAGAGCUGCGAGACGGUCGUCGCGGCCGAGACGCAGGCCGUCGACAACAUUCGCCGGUCGUCGUCCUCGUUUGUGCAGCCCAAGGGCGAGACGAACGGCAACAACUUCUUCAACUACAACGAAGACCAGAUUUAUGCCCAAGCCCAUGUGACGACGUACGACGAGGACGAUAUGAUGCGCCGCGAAGAAGACAUUAUUCACAUCAACCACCAGCUCAAGGAGAUCAACGCCGCGUACAAGGAGAUUGACGGCCUCGUUCAGGACCAAGGCGAAGUCAUUGUUGAGAUCACCGACAACAUUGACAACGCCCACGAAAACGCCGAAGAGGGCUUGAACCAGGUCAAGCAAGCCGACAUGCGGAAAUCCUACUGCGUCUGCACGAAGCGCAAGAUGAUCUGCUACGGCGUGCUCGGCCUCAUCCUUGUGCUACUCGUCCUCACGCUGGUCCUCGCGCUCGGCAAGACUAGUUAA